AUGCUUAAGAAGGAAGAAUACAUCGAGUUUACAUUCGAAGGAAAGAAAAGAGUGAGGCUUUACAUUGUGGUUGGGGUGAGAGAUGAUACAGCUUUUGCACCGCAAACGAAGAAGGAGAUCAGUCAAAUCGCAUGGCAUCGGCUUGAUGGGCUUGAACGUGGAUUCGCUGGCCUCAAGUUGUUUAUGGUUACGCCUUUUCUCGCAUCCUUGAAGUCGUGGAUAUCGAAGCAUCUGACUCCUGUAUCGCUGAGCAUUAACAAGCCCCUUAAACCACCACUCUGCGUGUGGAGUGCAGUAACAACGACAAUAACAACAACAACGGAAAGAAGAUACAAUGUAAAAGCUUGGAAACCGUCUCUAAUUAAGGUCAACAAGUCAGCGAUUUUGCCGGCCUUGGGAAUUUGUACUUGA